AUGGCAAACACAGAGGUGGAAACAUACUGGAAGACUUCAGAGGAUUCUUCAACUGCUAAAUUUACACCAGACUUGGCUUUUGCGAGCAUUCCAAGCUUGAAUUUAGACAAGGCGCCUUCAAUAGAUGUUGUUUUGCUUGGUGGAAGCUGUUUAAAGGAUAUCAGAGGAUAUGCAGCAGCAUUAUCUUCCAACAGCAGGAUUCGAAAUGCGGUCUAUUUGAUCGAUGCAAGCCAUGCAGUGGGAUUGGAAGAACAACUGGCAUCGGUGCUACAGGCAAAUGUUUGCCUUUCGUUUUUUGUUGAUGGCGGAUUUCGAACAGAGACCCAAAACGGAAAUAAGGUGAACAUCAUUCGUGAAAAGGCCAUGCCCGGAUCUGCACUUGUUGGCUACUCUUUGGCCAGGAUAUCGCCGGACAGAAAGGUACAAGUUGAAAAAACGACAAACGGGAAAGAUACGGAGGGGCAAAAGCUGGAAAAAAUGCAGCAAAUGCUCAAUUCGGGGAAUUUCAAGUGCAGCAGUAUCCCAUUUGGGAGAUUUCCGUCCUUCGGGAGCUAUUGCUGGAAAGAAAUAGUGCCGUUUGUGGCAUUUGACAUUGUCAGUGUGGUUUACUGCAGUCUCAAUGCAAACGACCCGCUUCUCAAAAAAAUACUAUGCGGAGUGUAUGCCGAAUUAGUCUCUGUCGCCAGGGAAACGGGAUCGCUGGAAUUCCCAGAUCCGGCAGACGCAAGGAAGGUUCUGGAACACCUUAAAAAUGCAGCCGUGCAGUACAACAGGCUAUACUCGGACAAAAAGUACAAGAUCGAGCUGCGGGAAAUAAACGAAGGCCUGAUUCAGCGAAGUGCAUGCGAUGUCCCCGAUUUGGUGCAUGCCUUCACGCAUGGGGGCGAAACCUAUGCAGAAAUAUGCAUGGAACAGCUUUUGGAACUCGCAAGCAAGCACAGCCUCAGCCUUCCAUACUUGGAAUCUCUUUUUUGCAGCUUUAAAAGAAUACAGAAGCUUCGCCAAGACGAGAUUUUCGACUGGAUAGGCCGAAAAUCGUUAAAGGAGGUACCACAGCCUCGAUUGUGGAGACAAAGAGCACCAUAUUCGCAUAUGGAGUCGGUUGCACGGCCACAAACAUCGUUUGCACCUGCAAAUUAUCAAUUUAGAGAAAUGAUGAAGACCAAUCCAGCAUCUGCAGGAUUGAUUUCGAUCCACCCAAGAUUUCACAGCGAAGAAUUUGGGUAUGCGGGAAGUGACGGAGGGCAGAGAUCCGGGACCCCCUCUGUUCGGCAAGCAAAAAGCAGCCUUUACAGAAAAGCAUCUUCUUCUUCAUACGAGUCGAAUGAGGAUAUAGCAAAAUCCCAGAAGAGUUUAUUUGACCAUGCCAACGUGUGCAACCUCCUAAAAGACACCACAAGCAGAUAUGGCGAUGUGGAUACGAUUUCAAAGCUUGAAGAGGUGGAUGUUGCGUUGAAGGUUAAAGAAGCAGAUGCUGUUUCUAGGGUUAGAAAUGCUGGAUUGGAAAUUGGAAUGCGGGAAGAAAACCUGGGUGAUGACACUGAUUCAGGCAACAUGGACUACUCGGACUGCGUUGAGUAG